AUGUUCUUCGUCAAAACCCUCGAACACCGCAUCGACCUGCACCCCUCCUUCUUCUCCGCCUCGGCCCCGGACUUCAUCAAAGAGAAGCUCUACCAAGACGUCGAGGGCACGAAUACCGGGACUUUCAUGAUCAUCGCGGUUCUACAAAUCGACGAUAUCUCCGAGCCGAAGAUUGCGCCGGGGACGGGGUUCGCGCAGUAUAAUGUGGGGUAUCGGGCGAUGGUGUGGAGGCCGUUUAGGGGGGAGGUUGUUGAUGGGAAGGUGACGAAUGUGGUUAACAACGGGUUCUUUGCGGAUGUGGGGGGGUUGGCUGUGUUUGUGAGCAAGACGAUGCUCCCACCUUCGAUGAAGCACAACGCCGAAGGCUCGACGCCCAGCUGGAGCGAAGCGGAUGGGAUGAUCAUCGAGCGCGACUCGCAGGUGCGGUUACGGAUCAAGGGUAUUCGAGGAGAGCUGGGGCAGAUGUAUGCGAUUGGCAGUAUCCGCGAGGACUAUCUUGGGGCGUUACUGCAGUGA